AUGAAUGAGGGGUCCAUGGUGUCAAGUGUCAUCAUCGUCAUCAUGCGACCCGACCUGAUUGCUUCUUUUGCCUUAAGUGCCGACACGAGACUUUGGCUGUGGGACAGGAACGGCAAUCUCAAUGCUGCUGGUCAGACUCAUCAUUCUCAUGUUGGAACACGAAGGAGAUCUCGCUCUCAACUAAGUCGAUUGACUGCUCUGCAGUGGAUACACCUCGCCUCGGACGCCUGUAUCGCCUCAGUCUUGCAAAUCCGCGAGAUAGCUAGCAUUGCACUAUAUUACUCCGACAAAGUUGAGGCAUCCGAUUUCAUUGAUGAGUAUUCUGGGGUACUAAGUCAUAGAACUAUGAGAUGA